GAUGGGUGUUGACGCUAAACCGGGCACACAAGAUCGUCCAAACGUGAAGCGUUUUCAGUGUUCCCUGGCUAGAGGGCAAGGCCGUUGAAGUUAAUCCACGGCACCAUCACGACAAUCAUCCCCGAGUUAACACGAAACCAUCUUGAUGAUCAGACGUCCCGUUAAUCAGCCGCAACAAAAGCAACCAAGGCAGGCAAGCCCUAAUCUAGAGUUGUGCGCGCGCGAGAGACCAGAGAAAGAGAAAGCCCCGAAACCAGCCCAUGAUAAUGACAGCACGCAGCCCAGUAAACCCGAGAAUGGAAAAGAGACUUUUUCCCCUAAACACCUCGAAUGCCCCAGCAAGCGAAUAAAUCCCGAGACUAAAACCCGUUCUGACUCCUCCAAAGAGCAAAAGCGCGUUAGUCCCAAACCGGAAUUCCAACGCAUGCCGAAUGCCUCCGAUUGUGCCAGAGAAAAAAAGAAAGCUUUUCUUCCCCAUCCAUCGCUGCCAUGCCCAUCUUGCCCAUGUCAUAUCACAAGCUGCGGUUCCAGCCUCCCAGUUCCCAUGAACGCAGUACUGUGUUUGUCCGUCCUCUGCGAGAAGGUGUCGUGAUGCCGUGCCGAAUAAAUGAGUGAUGCUUGUCGAGCCGCGAUGGUAACGUGACGCGACGUGAACUCAGGCGAGGGGGACCCCAAUAAACGGGCCCGAGGAAAGCCGAAACGAGGAAAGGAAAAUGAGUUCAAGUGUCGAAAGUCUCAGAAGACCGACCGGUGUUCUGCGUGAGAUGGAAAUAAACCGAAUAACGUCCCCAAAUCAGGCCGAAAAGGACGGGUGAAGCGAGCUAAGAGAGGAAAGGUGGAAGAGAUGA